AUGAAGCUAAUGUUGCAAAUACGAUACGAUUUUAUAUUCUCGUUUCGUAAUUGAAUAUUACUAAUGACUUGAUGUUUUUCUAUUCAAGCGUCAUUUAAAUUACCGAGUGAACACGAUUUGUUUUAAACGAUCUUCGGCAGUGUGACGUCACUACAAACGCCUGCUGUGUUCUACGCUUGAAUUGAAGACAAGCAGCAAAGCAACUUUUUAACUGGAAUACACAAAACUAAAUAUUCCCAGAGGCCAAAUAUGGCUCAGUUAAGAAGUAAGGGAGCGGAAGGAGAUUCUCAACCGACGUUAGCGCGUCAUGACAACGGGGAAACCAUUAAUGCCGGCUAUGAGGGACAGGCCGACUCCAAACAGGAACCGGAUAACAAUAACGAGACUGGGGUAGUAAUGGACGUUAACACUAGUCGUGGUGCGUUUGGGGGAAACUCUUUGCUUGUCGACGACGCCGUCCCGGGUGAAGGAAGAGACUAUCCGAGCGGCAAACUAUUCGAACCGGGCAAGAGUCCGGCGCAGGGGAGUCUGGCGAGUAGCACCGAGUCCGCCCAAGAGGGCUCUCGGGUGCUGAAGCAAGAACAAAGAGAAGGAGGAAACGGGUCCCCCUUGCAGCCAGCCGAGCACACAAAGGCCGCGGAGAAACACGAGCGCGGUGGUAAAAGACGAGCCAGCCUUGAAGUGGCCUCUUCGGACGGUGAGCCGCUCAGUCGGAUGGAUUCGGAGGACAGUAUCAGUAGCACCUUAAUGGACAUGGAGAGCAUCGCGUCAAGUGGCCGCUCCACGCCAGCGAUGUUCAACAACGGCGGCUCGACGGUCACUGGCAACGGUUCGAUGCCGACGAACGGCAAAUCUUUAAGCUACACUUGCUGUUGGGAUCACUGCCAAGCGCAGUUUUCCUCCAGCCCCGAUUUGGCCGAUCACAUCCGAGCCACACAUGUGGACGGACAAAGAGGAGGAGUUUUUGUGUGUCUAUGGAAGGGCUGUAAAGUUUACAACACGCCGUCCACCAGUCAGAGCUGGCUGCAGAGACACAUGCUGACUCAUAGCGGAGACAAACCAUUCAAGUGCGUGGUUGGAGGUUGCCACGCCACGUUCGCCUCCCAGGGUGGGCUCGCCCGACACGUCCCCACUCAUUUCAGCUCCCAGAGUUCGUCCAAAAUGUCCAAUCAAAGCAAAAUGAAGGAGGACUCUCCGUCCAAGGCUGGUCUCAACAAGAGGAGAAAGCUCAAGAACAAGCAUAGACGCUCACUACCUCGACCUCAUGAUUUCUUUGACGCCCAAACUAUGGACGCCAUCCGCCAUCGGGCUAUUUGCCUCAACUUGGCGACGCAUAUAGAAAGCCUCGGCAAUGGUCACAGCGUCGUGUUCCACAGCACGGUCAUCGCAAGGAGGAAAGAAGAAUCCGGCAAGGUGAAAGUUCUUCUGCACUGGACUCCAGAAGACAUAUUGCCCGACGUUUGGGUGAAUGAGAGCGACAGACUUCAGCAAAAGACCAAAGUCGUGCAUCUGUCCAAGCUUCCGACGGACACAGCAGUUCUCUUGGAUCCUAAUAUUUGCAGGAUGUUCUUCUGAGGAUUUCCCCUCAUCCGGAAGUGCUUUGUUUUCAGAGUUUAGGAAUAUAUUUCUAUAGUAUUUUGAUAUUUAGAGAUAUUACAACUAGGAAGUAGUGAGAAGCUUUGUAAAUAUUUGAGAUUUGUAAUAUAUUUUUUUUACUGUAGAUGUAACUUUUUUUAAAUGUUGGAUGCUUUUAGAAGGGAAUUAUUAGAUUUUUAGCAUUUUUUUGGGUGUGAUUUUUACUGUAAUUGGCGCUGUAUUUCCAUUUCAUUGAUGCGAAAUGUGAUGGGCUGCUAACGUACCGUAAUUUCACAGGUUUUUGUGCAGAAAUCUUUGAAGAUUUUCGGUAUAUCAUCCCUUUUUAAUCUGAUACAAUCAAAACAACUGCUGUAUUGUUCUGGUGCUAAUUUGUUUUGUACAUAAAGUUCUUAUUUUCCCUUGUUUACACAAGUAGAAACAAUAAAAGUUGGUAUUUUUAUCAUAAAGCAAUGUGAACGUCCAUAAAACAUGUUUUCAUCAACUUUUCGGCGUUAGCAACAAGUGUUUGACGUUGAAAAUUAACGAGUUUUGAUUGUUUUCCAAUGUGCGUGCAAUUCCCAGUUGGGAUUUUUGCCCCAGCCAAGAUGGCCGCCGCAGAGCUACGUCGUGAACACUGAGAAGGAUCUGACUGCAGCCAACAGGCGCUACAAAUCGUAACCUUUACUAUGUUUGGAAGUUAUUUAAUAUUGUGAAUCGUUAAAGUUGUUAAAGCUGCUUCAGCAUUUAAAGCUAGAUUUAAGUAUUUUCCACAGCUAGUAAGUAAAAGAUUUAAUCUUCCACGUUUUCACUACACUAACGACUUUUUUUCCUCGCUCC